CUCCUCUCUUGGUCCUCCGGACUCAUUUAUAUUCCCGCCAUCUCUCUCCGUAAUUAGUUUUCCGGACGGAGGAAUUCCCUCCCCUUCUCUCCCGCUCGCCCCAUCCACAGAGCCAGGGAGAGAGGCAGAAGGAAAGAAGAGAUUUAGCGGCCGUACAGUCGGCAGUAGCUGGAGGAAUAGUGGCUUUUUUGUCCAAUGACGAUCUUUAUCCUGCCAGAGCGAUGCUGGUGUGCGUAAAGAUAAAAAGUGGAAAAAAGCUAAAACAGCAACAUGUGGUGUCUGCAGUGCACAUCAGACAGGAGCCAGUCUCUGCUGGAGCUGGAGCUGGACAACUGUGUGGAGGGUGACGCUGCUGGUGCUGAAGCUGCUGCAGUGUCUCUGGACAGCAGUGGUGAAUACGCUCGUCUGCCAGUGACGCGCAGCUCCAUCCUCGGCUCCGAGCGCUUCGAGCCGCUCUACACGCACGAGGUUCGGCCACGGCCGCGCCGGCCAAAACUCCAGCACUCUCAGUCUAUCCUCCGCAAACAGGCCGAGGAAGAGGCCAUCAAACGCUCACGAUCACUUUCCGAAAGCUAUGAACUCUCCACUGACCUCCAGGACAAACAGGUGGAGAUGCUGGAGCGUAAGUAUGGGGGGCGUUUCAUAACCCGGCAUGCGGCCCGCACCAUCCAAACAGCCUUCCGGCAGUACCAGAUGAACAAGAACUUUGAGCGUCUCCGGAGCUCUAUGUCGGAGAACCGCAUGUCCAGACGCAUCGUCCUUUCCAACAUGAGGAUGCAGUUUUCCUUUGAAGGACCUGAGAAAGUCCACAGUUCCUACUUUGAGGGCAAACAAGUUUCAGUAACAGACGAUGGCUCUAAGCUCGGAUCACUGGUCCAGUCCGAGUGUGGCGAGAUGGUUCCGGCUAAUAUAAAGUCGCCUAUGGCCCAGAGCGAUUUCACUGAUGCUAUUACAGAGCUGGAGGACACUUUUUCCAGGCAGGUGAAGUCUUUGGCAGAGUCAAUAGAUGAUGCUUUGAACUGUCGCAGCUUGCAUGGAGACGAAGGUCAAGCUGAGCCAGGUCAGCGCGACCGUGAUCUUGAGCGAGAGGUGGCGACCUCUUACCAGGUCAAACCUUCGCAUAGUAGUGGGGAUCACCGCAAAUUGGACGAAAUGACUGCUUCUUAUAGUGACGUGACGCUUUACAUUGACGAAGAAGAACUUUCCCCUCCACUUCCUCUUUCACAGCCUGUGGACCGGCCAUCUAGUACUGAAUCUGACCUUAGGCUACGAUCCCUAAAUUCAUCCCAGGACUAUUGGGCUCAAGCGCAUAAGGACGAUAAAGGCGAUACGGACACUAGCUGCAGAAGUACGCCAUCCUUAGAGUGUCAAGAACAACGACUGAGGGUGGAUCACCUUCCUUUGCUAACCAUAGAGCCCCCUAGUGACAGUUCAGUGGAACUGAGCGACCGCUCUGACCGUAGUUCACUCAAAAGGCAAAACGCCUACGAAAGAGGCAUUAGCAGCCAACAAGGAAGCCCAAAACACGGCUCUACCCACGCUCAUCCAGCCCGCGGGCCAUCAAGAGAUGAAGAACGACAUCGGCCAAGACAGCUAGAGAGCCACCUGGCCAUCAACGGCACAGCGGCAAACAGGCAGAGCAAGUCUGAGUCAGAUUUUUCGGAUGGAGACAACGACAGCAUCAACAGCACCUCCAACUCCAAUGACACCAUCAACUGCAGCUCCGAAUCAUCAUCUCGGGACAGCCUACGCGAGCAGACGCUGAGCAAACAGACCUACCACAAAGAGACUCGAAACAGCUGGGACUCACCAGCUUUCAGCAACGACAUCAUCCGCAAGAGACACUACCGCAUUGGCCUGAACCUGUUUAACAAGAAGCCAGAGAAAGGUAUCCAGUACCUGAUUGAACGCGGAUUCGUCCCAGACACUCCGGUGGGCGUGGCCCACUUUUUAUUGCAGAGGAAGGGGCUGAGUCGGCAGAUGAUUGGCGAGUUUCUGGGCAACAGACAGAAGCAGUUCAACCGAGAUGUCCUAGACUGUGUGGUGGAUGAGAUGGAUUUCUCCAGUAUGGAACUGGACGAAGCCUUAAGAAAGUUCCAAGCUCACAUUCGGGUUCAGGGAGAAGCACAGAAGGUGGAGCGGCUGAUCGAGGCUUAUAGUCAGCGCUACUGCAUCUGUAACCCUGGCGUGGUGCGUCAGUUUCGAAACCCAGACACCAUCUUCAUUCUGGCCUUUGCCAUCAUCCUCCUUAACACAGACAUGUACAGUCCUAAUGUAAAGCCUGAGAGGAAGAUGAAGCUGGAGGACUUUGUGAAGAACUUAAGAGGGGUUGAUGAUGGAGAGGACAUCCCUCGUGAGAUGCUGAUUGGUAUCUAUGAACGGAUCAGGAAGCGUGAACUCAGGACUAACGAGGACCACGUGUCACAGGUGCAGAAAGUGGAGAAACUCAUCGUUGGGAAGAAGCCGAUUGGCUCACUCCACCAUGGCCUUGGAUGUGUUCUUUCUCUACCCCACCGCAGGCUGGUAUGUUACUGCCGACUGUUUGAGGUGCCCGACCCAAACAAGCCUCAGAAACUUGGCCUCCAUCAGAGAGAAAUCUUCCUCUUCAAUGACCUCCUGGUGGUCACCAAGAUUUUCCAAAAGAAGAAGAACUCUGUGACAUACAGCUUCAGGCAGUCCUUCUCACUGUAUGGCAUGCAGGUGCUGCUUUUCGAGAACCAGUAUUACCCCAAUGGCGUCCGGCUCACCUCGGCCAUCCCAGGUGCUGACAUCAAAGUUCUGAUCAACUUCAACGCUCCGAACCCACAGGACCGCAAGAAAUUCACAGACGACCUACGGGAGUCCAUCGCUGAGGUGCAAGAGAUGGAGAAGUACAGGAUCGAGUCUGAGCUGGAGAAGCAGAAAGGCGUGGUCCGGCCCAGCAUCUCCCAGAGUUCUGGGCUGAAGAAGGAAGCAGGGAAUGGUAAUCUAAGCCGCGGCAGCCUGGACGACAGCUAUGCCAUAGGGGAGGGCCUGAAGAGGAGCGCCCUCAGUAGCUCCUUACGCGACCUUUCAGAUGCAGGCAAGCGCGGCCGCCGCAGCAGUGCGGGAUCUCUAGACAGCAAUAUGGACGGCUCCAUCAUUAGCAGCCCCCACAUGCGGCGCCGGGCUGCCUCCAGCCGAGACUGUCCAUCACGCCAGCAGUCCAUCCCCAGCUCCUCCUCCUCUUUGCUGGGGUCACUCUUUGGCACCAAACGGGGCAAAUCCCCGCUGCCCCCUCAGCCCCCACACCCGUCCCACCCCACCCUCAUCUCACACACACCCCACCCAUCCAACCUGCACCACACAGCUCGUGAAAACAUCACAGAGACUCAGGCACAGAUCCACCCACACCACGGCCAGUUCUGCCACAUGCAGCAAAACCCGCCUCCGUACCACCAUCAUCACCACUACCACCCUCCGGCACACAUUCAGCACCAAUUCCACCCGCCAUCGGGCCACUCACAUGGGUCUCAUGCCCACGGGUCACACUCUCAACACUCCCAGCAUGCCCAGCACCACCAUACCCCGGCUCAACCCCCUGCACCCCCUGCUGGCACCGCCAAGCCCAAACACAGCGGCAUCAGCACGGUGGUGUGAAACGAAACUUUCUGGGACUCAGCGGGACUCAGUGGGACUCACGGGGAUUCUGUGGAAUUCUAUGGAACUCUGUCGUAUUCUGUGGGAUUCUAUGGAUCUCUAUGGGAUUCUGUGGGUCUCAGUAGGAUUCUGUGGGUCUUUGAGGGAUUCUAGGGAUCUCUGUGGGAUUCUGUGGGUCUCUCUGGGUCUCUAUGGCUCUCUGUGGGAUUCCUUGAGACUCUGUGGGAUUGUAUUUUUCUCUAUGGGUCUCUGUGGGAUUCUUUGGGACCCUUUGGAACUUUAUUAGUCUUGUGGAACUGAGAUUGUCAAAGGCAGGGAGUGUGGAGGCAGCUUUGGUGGACUUCCUGUCUAGCUGGCAUGUGAAAGAUUGUGUAUUUUUGCAAUAGACUGUGUGGAUGGAACCGACCAGGGAAUGAGAACAAAACAAAAGGCAACAUGACUCGUUUUCAUUUUCAUUUUCAGAGCCUCUCUCCACUGGGACGAAAAAAGGAGAGUGAGAGAGAAUGGGGCACACUGUGUAGCAUUAGCAUUAGCACUAGCACUGGCCUUCUCUUCCAGGCAUUUUAGAGGGCUGAUAGACCCUCCCUGUGGGUUUUGGGUUUCCACCUCCAUCUAUCUCUACACUUUCCAUUGAUCAAUCACUGCUCAAGCUCCAGGCAAAGCUGCUUUUUUUUGUCCUCUCAAGGAUUAAUCUAUACUCUCUUUUUUUGGACUUUUAGCACCUGGAUACGUAUCCAAACCCUCACUGAAACCCAACAUGGAAGCAAACGCAUGCACAAUGACCAUGGCUACUGUUUUAUCUUGUACUUAAUUGCUUACGAAGUGUUAUAAAAUAUCCUGCUUUACAGUAAUUUGCAGAAACAAAGUCUUGGUAGAACAGACAUGCCUUGAAACGAUGUGGUUUAAACAUGAUGGUCAACAACAACCUAGCCAUGAAGUCGGUCACAAAAGUGUUUAAAUAUUUAAUGUAGCUGUAGACCACGAUUCUCUGUGAUAUAGUUAGCGGUCUUUAAUGUGCCAAUUAUUAAAAAGCAGUAACUGAGUUAGUCAAAAAUGCUUUGUGUAUGUCGUGCAUAUAGUAUUUUGUAAAAUAAUAAUAAUAAUAAUAAUAAUAUUAAUAAUAAUAUUAUCAUCAACAGUUAAUAUUAUUGUUAUAGAACAAAAUGCGUCCGAGGCGUCAGCUAAAUAUCUCAGUAUUAUACUCUUGAAGUAGAAUGACCUAGACUCACUAUAAUAAAACUUCAAUGCGUUUAAGUAGGUGGGCAAGUAAAUGACCUGGAAUUUUCUCUGGUUGCCUUUGAAACUCUUUGGAAGAUUCGGGAAUGCACAAUACGGAAUCUUCCAGUCCGGCAGAACUGUGUUUACUGCAUCAAUUAGAAGUCUGUGUACUUACAGCUAGUCAAUCAGGAGGAAGAAAAACAAGAGGUUAGGGAAAGGGGUUAGGGACGGCUAGCUGGUCUCCGAGCAAACUGAUCCAGAUCCUCCUUAGGCCUGGACUGGCAAGUCGUGGCUACUAGCGCACCACGGUUUUAUUUUUUUAACUAUUUUUUUAGAGACAAAUAAAAACACUAUGAAAUAAACUGUACAUUUAGAGAUGUUUAUGGUAGAGCUGAUUUGAUGGAGGAGGCUAUUUUGGAAAUAACACAUUUUGUUCAAGGGGUCGUAGAAUUUUUCAGUUAUUUGGGGUUUCAAAGCAGUUGACUGAACUUUUUUCCGCCCAUAUUUAAUAAGUUUGCUUUUUUUUUUCUCUCUCUCUCUCAGUGGGCUGAGUGAGUGUGUCCCGUUUGGCGUGUGUGUGCUGUUCCUAGCGGUUCUUCGGACCGAGUGGACCCAAAUAGACCUGCUACAAGUCCUGGUUGUUUGUGUUUUUUGUAUUUACGAAUGCCUUUCACUUGCUCACAAACGUGGUUAACUAACAUGUUCUGGGAGUGACAUGCAGCGGAGGUGGAGACACGUGCUUUUUCACCGUAGGAAAAAAGAAAAAAAAAAAGAACAGAGAGGCUUUAACCGUAUUUUUCCACACAUAUCUCGACUUUUGUUGACCUUUUCUACCUUUUCUUUAUGCUGUGUGCUGUGUAUAAUAGAAGGGAGCAGUCAGGUUAUGAUUUGAUUGAUGCUAUUUUUUAGCUCAGAUACGGAGGGUUUGAUUAGCACUUGUCAUUUUGUAAGUAUUCAUUCAUGUACAGUAACUAUGGUUUGAAUUUACUGAUCUGAGACCAGUGUCUGCAGUGAAGAGGUUUGCUUUGCGAGCGUUCUUUCUUUUUCUGUUCCAUUCUGUUUUUUUGUUUGUUUUGGAUUGGUUUUGUUGUUUUUCUUUUUGUACUAAUCGUAUGUGCAAUAUGUAUGUUUCAGUUUUGUAAAUGAACAGUUGCGAUCUAAUGGCUGGUCUUUCUUUUUAUUAUUAUUAUUAUUAUCAUAAUUGUCCUUGUCUUUAUUUCUUGGCACCCCCCUGGCCUCAGUCACUGUAGACCCUCCCCCCUCAGUGUUUUGUCGUCCGUCUCUCUGUUCUAGCGACUUGCGGUGAGGAAUAUCAAACUAAAAGUACUCUUGCAUGUAACAUUAUAUUGUAAGGAUAUUCUCUAAAUAUUGUAUAUUCCCAGAAAUAUUAUUAUUAUUAUCAGUGUUACAGUUGACUGUUGUUGAAAUUUAAGUGACGAUACGCAUUAAAAGUAUGUAGAAUUCUCUUCAUGCGACUCAUGGACGUCCGUCUGUCACAUUUUGUACCAGAAGAGGUUCAGCUAGAUGACAUGAAUAGAAAAGCAGCUGUAGAGCAAAGUACACGUUGUGUAAUUUUAGGCUUUAAAUCAGACCAUGCUUGUCAACUACUGUAUAGAAGUUCUCUUAUCCUGCUCUAGUUUAAAUUAGAAUUUCUAGCGAUCAGUGGUGGUCAUCAGCGCGAGAUGUGAUUAAAGCGGAGCACAAAUCACUCUCUUAUUAUUAAUAUUAUUAUUAAUACUGUUAUUGGAGCUGAAUGUUGCCCUGGAAUCCGGGUUAGGUUCGCAAUUUGCACAUUGAGCAACCCUUCCGUUUUUUGCACAGGUUCCCAAGCCAUGCCACAGUAAACAUGUGAGGAUCAUAAUACAAUAGAUUAUACCACUACAAUUGGAAGCGUCUUGAAAGGAAUUUAUUCUGGGACAAAAAAGGAAAAAAAUUCAUCAAGUGAGUGUCUCUGUACAUUUUUUUUCCCAAUCUUUUUUAUGGAAGUUUAUUUUCCAAAAUUUAAGUUUCUGUCCAGUUUCCAUGCAGUUACAGGGUGAUACCCAUAACGAAUUGCAUGCGAUUGAUUCUUGUCACCUCUGGUUUGAACUGUGAGCUAAAUUAAACAUCAGAAAUGUUCUCUUCGUUUUAUCGUUUAUUUUGCUUGUGUCUGUUUUUUUGUUUGUUUUUUUUUUUGUUUUUUUAAAAGACAUCAGCUUGCUCUUACAUUUGAUGCUGAAAGCAUAUAUUCUACUCGUUUACCCAUUGUAAAAGAAAAAAGACCUCAUCAUUGCACUUGUGUGUGUAUGUGUGUCUGAUGAAGACAAUUGCUGUACAUAAGACAAAAUCAGUGUGAAGAAACAAAUACAGCUUAAGAGCAUAUCUCAAGGAAUUUAAAAGCGGAUUUAAAAAGGGAAUGGAUGGGGGUGGGGCUAAUAAAAAUGUGUAAAUAUUCUGUAUAUUAUUAGUAAUUAUUGUCAUCCAUUACAAGGUGCAUUCCUCCAGUCUCCUUUAACAAGACAUAUUAACAUACUUCUGCUACCAGAUGCAUUCAGUUUGGCUCAGCAUCCUCUUCUGUAGCUACUACAAGCCGACUGUUACAUGAUUUUCACUGAUUUCUGCUGUUUGUUCUGAGUUGCACCGCAUUUCGCCACAUGCGCAUACACACACACACACACACAAUGCAGCCUAUUUUAUAAUUACCAGGCCAGGAGAGGAGGAGUUUUUCAUUUUAAUAUGCAUUCUGUUUCUAAGUAGAUGACGAGACCCUGUUGAUGUAAAAUCUAUAACUGUGACCAUGUGGAGAACAUGAAAUAAAAAUAUACUGUCCAGAUUCA